AAGGGUAUCCGGAGUAAAACUUGUGCCAAAUACCAUUGCGGAUCUGACUGUAUCCGCUGUGGUGACCCUGGACAAAAAAAAAGGGGAGCAGCCGAAAGGGCAACAACAAAUGUGAUAAAUUACAUAAUUUCCUUUUGGUUGUCUCCAACAGUUUCUGGGAAAAUCGGGUUGUAUUUAAUCAAAUCUGGGUUUUUUUCUGAGAUAAAAUUUUGGGGUUACAGCUCCUAGUGGUCCUAUUACCACUGAGAUCACUUUAGACUUUACUUUCCACAUUUGCUCCAGUUUCUCCAGUUGCUUGGUAUUUCUUGAUUUUCUUGUGCUCCUUUUUUUCUGAUUGCUGCUGUGGAAUUGCCCCAUCGAUCAUAACUGCAGUUUUCUUUCCUUUGUCAACCAUCAUUAUGUCUGGUUGGCCAGCAGCUGCUUGUCUGUCUGGAAUGUGAAGUCCCACAGGACCUCAGCCUUGUCCUUCUCCCAUUAGGACUUGCAGAUUUCUAAUCCAUAUGCAGCACAGAUGUUCCUGUACGCAGUUCCUGACACUUUGUUGUGCCUCUCAGUGUACACUGUCCACAGUGUACACUAAAAUGAUUGUUGGUCAAAUUGGGAAUUUCCUGGCGUACAAUGUGGCUCCUGCUGCCAUUGUCACACCCUUAGGGGCCCUUGGCAUCUUCUUUGGGGCUGUGUUGGCUUCUUGGACCAUGAAGGAGCAUCUGAAUGUUUUGGGGAAACUCGGGUGUGUGUUAUGUUGCUGUGGCUCUGUUCUGCUCAUCAUUCAUGCCCCGAAAGCUGAGAAUGUAACUACAAGACUGGAGCUUGAAGAGAGGCUGUUGGACCCAGUGUUCCUGAUUUAUGGCGUGCUGGUGGUGCUGCUGCUGAUCGUGCUGAUCGUUUGGAUUGCUCCAGUUCACGGCACGUCAAACAUCAUGGUGUAUGUAGCCAUAUGCUCGCUCUUGGGUACAUUCACUGUUCCGAGCAGCAAAGGACUUGGAAUUGUUGCCCAAGACGUAUUUGGUAGAGGGUCAUCGAGCAGCGGAGCCCUGGCUCUCUUCCUGGGCUUUCUAGGAACCUUGUCUAUCAGCGUCCUGCUUCAGUUCCUGUUCAUCACGAAAGCUUUAGAGUGCUUCAACUCCAACAUCUUUGAAGCCAUCUACUAUGUGGUAUUCACAUGCUCGGUGAUUCUUGCUUCUGCUCUUCUCUACAAGGAAUGGACUGCCCUCAUGCUGACUGACUGUUUAGCCAUGCUGUGUGCUUUAAUGACUGUGUGCGUUGGGGUGGUUUUACUUCGUAUAUCUCAGGAGGCCUUACUUACCUGGAAAAAGAAAGGGGUGUGGGAAAAGAUGGACUAAUAGUUAUGCUUUUACAUUUCUCGGGCUUUUGUGCAAUAACACAUAUCUGGUUAAGACAGGCUUAAUAAUUUAUUUGUAUUGUACUACUUACAGUUUGAGUAACCACCAUUAAAUGGAUUACACUAAAGUUUAACUCCAAGAGUUUAACAAAAAUAUCACAUUAACCAUGUAGGAUUUAGAGGUUUUUAUACAUAGUCCCUCCAUUUUUUGAGGCUAGACAUUAGGAUUAUAUGUAAUAUAAUAACAUUGUAUAUUAUAAAUUAAUAAAACUAUAUAAUAACACCUAUAUUUUUUUAUGGAAUACAAGUCACCUUUACUGUUUCAUGAUGGAGUGGCACAGAGAAGGAUUUUCUUUAAGGAAAAAAAAAAAAAAAAACAGUUAAAUUGCAGCUACACUAUGCCAGGAGAUUCAAGCC